AUGGUGAUGAUUCAGUCAGUUUCGGAAUAUGUCUUUCUUGCUAGACGCCGUUCUACUCCUGCUGGUGUUGCGUCAAGUUCAAGGUUGUCUACGCAGGGAAGCCAGAUUGGUGGUUCAGCUGAAAGGUUUAGUGUUGUCGCGAAUGAACUUUCCACUGCAUCAGAAUUGCCAUUAGAGUCUUCCCUUCAUCUUUCCAGUACUUCCGAAACACUUCCAGUCUGUCUUGCUGAGCGUGACCCAGCGAGGGGUCCUCAAAACGUCGUAGUCAACAAUGGCCCGUACCAACUCCUUGGGAAUGACUUGCAGUUGGGGGAAUUUCCUAAGCGUACAUUUGGCCAGAGACUGAGAUCAUUUCAGGAGCACUGGUAUACCAAGUUCUUGUGGUUGGAGUACAGUUCGGGCAUUGAUGCUGCGUUUUGUUUUCCUUGCCGGCUUACAGUCAGUGUUGGAUUAGACAAGCAUGGAAAGCCUGAUCAGGCUUUCAUAAGCAGAGGAUUCAAGAACUGGAAGUCAGCCGUAAGUGAUUUUAGAGAUCACGAAACGUCACUCAGUCAUACGUCAAGUAUGGGUGUGUGGCAAAGUUUGAAACAGUUGGACGUGAAAGGAAGUUCUGUUGCUCAACAAAUGAGUUCCGGUUAUCAAGCUCAAAUCCUUCUCAACAGAAGUAAUGUCAAAAAGAUAUUUGAAGCCAUCCUUUUCCUAGGGCGUCAAGGCCUUCCAUUGAGAGGUCAUGAUGAAACAGAUCAGUCACUGAACAGAGGAAAUUUCCUGGAGCUACUUGAGCUAAUGUCCAGAAGUAGCUCAGAUCUGAAGCGUCACUUACAGGGAAGAACUCACUACACCAGUCCGUCAAGUCAGAAUGCGAUAAUAAGUCUAAUUGGAGACAAUAUCCAAGGUACGAUAGUGAAGGAAGCCAAGGAAAGUGGGAUGUUUGCAGUCAUAUGCGAUGAAACCGUGGACUUGUCAAAAGUUGAGCAGAUGUCUGUUUGCAUUCGCUAUGUAACUAACAGUCUUCAAGUGAGAGAGCGUUUUCUUGGCUUUUGGCCUCUGGCAAGGACAGAUGGUGAGUCUUUGUUUCAGCUGUUGACGGAUGUUAUGUCACGCCUUGAUCUACCAAUGGCUCUACUUAGAGCGCAGUGCUAUGAUGGGGCUGCUAACAUGAGGGGUAGGUAUUCAGGCUUGGCAAGCAGAGUUAGGGAAGUUGCGAAGAAAGCCGUUUACGUGCAUUGCUACGCCCAUCAACUAAAUCUCACCUUACAGGAUGCUUGCAAAGGGGUAAUAGCAGUUCGUAACCAGCUUGGCAUCGUUUCUACUCUCUAUGAACUACUGGAGAGGUCGGCAAAACGACACUCGAUUUUUCAGGAAGUGCAAAGACGACGAUUGGAGGCUGACUGCCAACUGGGCAAUUGCCCAAAAACGUUGAAGCGUCACUGUGAAAGUAGGUGGUCAUCGAGAUACUCGUCCAUUCAUACCGUAAAGGAGCAGUUCGAGGCAAUGCUAGAAACUCUAGAAGAACUGGAGAAUGAUGCAAUAAUUGGAGCUGAUGCUGCCGCUCUUCUCAAGUCCAUCUCUACUUUUGGCUUUUUCUUUUGGAUCUCCGUGUUGGACAAGGUGUUGAACGUAACACAGGCGAUGUCUCUGUACCUCCAAGGUUCCACAGUGGAUCUUCAGCUGGCAAGAAAGUACGCACAGUCUGUCAUCAAAACUUUCGAAGAUUACAGAAGUGACAAAGAGUUCAAUUAUUUAUGGAAGUUUUUGCUCAAUGAUAGUCGGAGACUGGGACUGGAGCCACCUGGACUACAGAGACAAAGGCGACUACCAAGACGAUUGGAUACAGGUGGUUCUGAACACCAUAGUCCAAAGAGUGCAGAAGAACUCUGUAGAACAAUGUACUUCGAACUCUUGGAUAUUUUGAUGACACAGCUCAGAGACCGGUUCUGCAGUGAGGAUGUGACGAUUGCUAUGAAAGUUCAGAGUCUACUUCUAGAAUCCGCAACAACUGAAGAACCCGACUUACAGAUGGUCGAAGAUGUAGUACACUUCUACGACGACGACUUUGAUGCUCCUCCAAGUCAUGUGAAAGCCCAGCUUCAGGUUUUCUAUAACUUUGUUAAGCAGAAUGCUGGCGAAACACCGUUCACACUGUCAAGGAAUUGACCGUAUUCUUUGUUGACCAUGGUUGUAGAGCCUUGUUUCCAGCUGUCUUGCAACUGUUCAAGAUUUUUCUGUGCACUCCAGUGACAUCUGCAAAUGCAGAGAGAUCGUUCUCUGCACUGAAAAGACUGAAAACUUGGCUAAGAACUCGAAUGUCGGAUGAUCGGCUCCGCUCACUAGCACUCAUGUCUUUUGAAAAGGAACUUACAGCAGAUCUAGAAGCCAACGUCGAGGACUUAGUGUUGCAAUUUGCUGAUAUUACUGACCAGCGUAUGCCUUUAGUGUAACCCAAUUAAAUACAUUAUCAUGAAUAUGACAACUCAUCCCUCUGUAUCUACCAAUGUUGC